UUGUGCCCCCUUGACAUAGUAAUCUCAGUAAUCUUCUAGUCAUUUCAAAACAAUAACAUACAUUUUCCUAAACAACCCGGUGUGUAUUCAAAGAUACAGGAAUUUAAGCGGUCAUAUUUUGCAUUUUCUCAGUAACACAAUGGAGAAUCAAGGAAGCUCUUUUCCCACUGAUGAAGCGACUCAACGCAAGCACGCGGCAAUGCUCGAUCGUCUCUCUCGCCUCCACGAUUCUCGAAACUCUUCCAAAUCACGUGAUCCAAACGACCCCUCUUUCGAAUCCACACAAACAUUUCUCACUAAUUUCAAUAAUUCCAAGCUCUCAAUUGAGUCUCAGCUCUCUCAAAUCCCCAAAUCUUGCGACCCCAGAUCAGAUAUAGCCACUCUAUCUGUCUCUAUAUCAGAGCUCGAGACCCUAAUUUCUCAAAACUCUCACUUUUUGCCGCCUUAUGAACUCCGUGCUUCUCUCAAAUCUGUGGCUGAUCUUAGGCAGAAUUUGGACGAGGUUAGUUGUAGAGUGAUACCCAAGAAGAAAUUUUCUUUUAAGUCGAAGAAAGCGAGUGGGAAUGUGAGCUUGGAGAGUGCACGCAAGGUGCUUGAUGAAGUGCCUGCUGCUGAAAAUGUUGGGGUUUUUGGUGUUCGUGAUUCAGUGGGGUUUAAGGGAAAGGAAAAUGAGGUUUUAGUGAAGGAAUUCAAGAGUGGUGAGGAGGAAAUCGGGGAGUUUGUGCUUUCGGAUUUGGUGAAUUGUGAGGUGAGGUUGAUAGGUUGUUUCCGGGCUUUGUUUGUUCAUAAGUUGGUUAAUUGUAGAGUUUAUGUGGGGGCAGUGUUCGGGUCAGUGUUGAUCGAGGAAGUGGAGGGGUGUGUUUUUGUGAUGGCGUCGCAUCAGAUUAGGAUACAUCAUGCUAGGGGAACUGAUUUUUAUCUUAGAGUAAGGAGUAGGCCUAUAAUCGAGGAUUGUAGUGGAGUGAGGUUUGCACCAUAUUGUUUGGGUUAUAAUGAGAUCGAGAGGGAUCUUAAGAAGUCAAACCUUGACGAGGAGACGGGGAAUUGGGCCAACGUGGAUGAUUUUAAGUGGUUAAGAGCUGUUCAAUCCCCAAAUUGGUCUAUUUUACCGGAAUGUGAUCGGAUUGCCACAGUAAAUAUCUCUGGCUCAGAGCAAUGAGAUGAUGAUCAAGAAUUGCCAAUAGCCUGCUGACGAAGGAGCGCGAAUAGCAGAAAUUCUCUCUCUCUACUCUACUGCGCCCAUUCUUUAGAUCAUAUGUUUUGAAGAUAUUGUGCUGAGUAACAAAUAUUUUGAUUGAAGAAAAUAUGAUAUUCUCUUGGAUGCUAGGGUCUAUAUGCUACAGAUAGUAUCAUUCUUUCUACUUAAUUACAUGUUUCCUUUGCAUA